GUUGUGGUUAUCUCUAUUAACAAUAUUUGUUUUUGUUAGGGUUAAUUUUUAUGAUGUGAUAGAUAAUCAAAAUUCACAAAUAAUUAGUGUGGCUGUGCUCUUAAAAAUGUCUCGGUUAGCUGAUUAUUUUGUAAUCGUUGGCUACGACCAUGGCAAAGAAAGGAGUGGGGCAAGCAAUGGUAUUAUCAUUCAACGUUUUCCAGAGAAAGAUUGGCCGGAUACGCCGUUCAUUGAAGGAAUUGAAUGGUUCUGCCAACCGCAGGGCUGGGCUCUGUCGUCAGAGAGACAAGAGCCCCGAUUCUUCGUUUCAGUCCUCACAGACAUUGAUGCCAACCGUCACUACUGUGCGUGUCUUUGCUUCAACGAAACUAUAUCCAUCACGCCUAGCAAGCCUGUGGAUGAGCAGGAAGAAGACACGUUGGACGGCCACAGUAGUCCUCACAACAUCAGCCUACCGACCAUCACUCAUCAUAGUAUCAUGUAUGCUCCUAAGUGUCUCGUUCUGGUGUCCAGGCUUGACUACAUUGAAACCUUCCGAAACUGCCUGGGCAUCAUAUAUACAGUGUAUGUGGAGAGUGUGCCAGUACCUCUAGAGAACAUUGUCAGCAACAUCCUGGGGUGUAUUCAGGUGCCUCCGCCUGGUGGGCCGCAGGUGAGGUUCAGUAUAGGCGCUGGGGACAGACAGGCACUACAACCUCCUCUCACACCUACAUUGCCUGUCACGCACACGUCAGUCAACCUGCUCUUCCAUCAACUAGGUAUCCGUAACUCGCUGGUGUUGUUCUGCGCGGUGAUGACAGAACAGAAGAUUCUAUUCCAGUCACGCAGCUACAGUCGUCUCACCGAAGCUUGUCGAGCGCUCACAGCUCUCAUGUAUCCCUUCAAGUACAGCCACGUUUAUAUCCCUCUGUUACCCGCUGCGCUGGUUGAAGUGCUGUCCACUCCUACCCCUUUUGUCAUGGGUGUUCACUCCUCGCUCAAAACCGACGUGUCGGAGAUGAUGGAUGUGAUUGUGGCUGAUCUGGACGGAGGCUCUAUCCUAGUGCCUGACGGAGUGUCACUACCGCUGCUGCCAGAGCCACUGUUGACCUCUGUGACCGAGGCUUUAGGUCUAGUGUUGCAACCGGACCUCAUCUGUGCAGACCAUGCGUUCCCCCCGUCACCCCCGCCACCGCUACCCCCACCUGUGGUUCUAGACAAGCAGAUCAGAGCUGUGUUCAUGCGGACGUUCGCUCAACUACUGCAAGGCUAUCGUAGCUUCCUCACCAUUAUCAGAAUCCACCCAAAGCCCGUCAUCACUUUCCAUAAGGCCGCAUUCCUGGGAGAGCGAGGUUUAACUGAUUGUGACUUCACCACUAGAGUCUUAGACUGUAUGUUCUUCACUGCAUUUGUAUCUGAACGUGGACCUCCUUGGCGGCCGUGUGACCACUGGGACGAGCUUUACUCCAACAUGGCUGAGUUGCUACGAGCAGAGGCAGCGGACAGAACCAGAAUACUGCAACAUAUACAGGACCUGGCUAACCAGCUGUUCCACAAUGAGAACCCCAAUCAGCAGCCGUACCACCAGAAGAUACCCAAACCUCCAGAGGGAGCUUUCGCUCGUAUACAUCAGCCUGUACUGCCUCACAUUGACCCUGACAAGGUGCACAAGCUCAUAGAGGAGGGACUGGCCAAGAGUAACCUGCACACUAGACUUUUGUCCCUUAAGCCGCCGGCACCAAGGAUAGUUCCUAUGGAACUUCACAUAAACAGCUCUGCUGACAGUCGCCAAAUUGUCAGCAACUCAGCACGUAGGCUAGAGGUGCUGAAGAACUGCAUAAACUGCAUAUUCGAGAACAAGAUUAGCGACGCUCGCAAGACGUUCCCUGCGGUGUUGCGAGCUCUCAAGUCACGUGCGGCCCGGCUGGCCUUGUGUACAGAACUGGCACAACACGUGGUCGGUAACAAGGCAAUGUUGGAACAUCAGCAGUUCGAUCUGGUGGUGCGGCUCAUGAACUGUGCUUUGCAGGAUGGGUCGUCCAUGGAUGAGUUUGGGGUCGCAGCCGCUCUGCUGCCCUUAGCCAAUGCCUUCUGUCGUAAACUCUGCACGGGAGUUAUCCAGUUUGCUUACACCUGCAUACAGGAACACGCUGUAUGGAGGAACCAACAGUUCUGGGAGGCAUCUUUCUACCAGGACGUUCAGAGAGAUAUCAAGGCUUUGUAUCUGAACAGCAAUGAGAGUUCUCAUCUUUCCGUUAGCCCUAGAGAGAUCAAAGAGUUUAACUGGAAAGACAGGAAGACAUUAGGACGAGCUCAAGAACCCUCUGCACUGGAAAUAGCCGCUGAGCAGAUGAGGACAUGGAACUCUAUGGAUCCAGAAAAACAAGCCCAACUAGUGAACAGUGAGGAGUCUACGUUGUACAGCCAGGCUAUCCACUACGCCAACAGGAUGGUGUCGUUGUUGGUACCCCUGGAUAUAGCCAGCAAGAGUCACAAGGUGGAUAGCAACCACCUGGACGCAGAGAGGGUUAGCAACAUCACCAACAGGUCAAGCAUAGCGGAGAGUGAGGCUAGCGGUGAUGCAGAGUCCGGAUUCGAAGAGCAAGAUCCGUCAGAAGCGUCAGGACAGGUAAUCCGGAUGGUGUCCAGGUUUGUGGAUAAGGUGUGCACAGAGGGCAGUGUGAAAGCUGAGCACAUCCGGAGUCUGCAUCAGAUGGUGCCUGGAGUGGUACACAUGCAUGUUGAGACACUGGAAGCCGUGCAUAGGGAGAGCAAACGACUGCCGCCCAUACAGAAGCCCAAGAUCCUGACUCCCAGUAUGUUGCCCGGAGAGGAGCCUCUGUCCGAGGGGUUGAGGGUUUACUUACUGCCAGACGGGAGGGAGGAAGGAGUCGGGGGUGUAGUGGGAGGUCCUCCGCUACUACCAGCCGAGGGAGCCAUCUUUGUCACCAACUACCGCAUAGUGUUCAAGGGAACACCUUCAGAUCCCUUCGCUAGUGAACAGCUGGUUGUGAGGGCUUUCCCAGUCACUUCCCUCACUAAAGAGAAGCGUAUCUCUGUACAGUACUUGGCACACCUCGACCAGUGGCUACAGGAGGGUCUGCAAUUGCGGUCUUGUACGUUUCAGUUGAUGAAGGUGGCGUUUGACGACGAGGUGACGGCAGAGAGUAUAGAAGCAUUCCGCAAACUGAUACACAAAGUACGACAUCCUCCACACAUCUUCCAUCACUUUGCCUUCACGGGACAAGUGGUAGUGUCGCAAACACCUCUACAUAAGGAUAAGGAGAAAAACGCCACUCUUAGAGGUUUUGCCAAGAAGACACUGUUAAAGACAGCUCGCAAGGCAGGGUUCAAGCAGAAGACGUCUUCCAAGAGACAGAAGUAUGUUCUGCCCAAUGUCUCCAACAAUGUAAACAAAUACAUGACAUCACCUGGCCGUAUGAACCUUCCUGUCGGAGACUUGGACGAUCUCUCAGUUGACGAGUUUGAGUCGGUGGUGGGUGUGUCACCGGGCCUGGUAACGGACUCCAAGACAUUAGAAAGGUUGACGGAGAGAAGUUAUGUAAGAGAUUGGACCAGACUGGGGCUUGUGACACAGUCUAACUCCGGCGGCAAGAGUAAAGAACCUUUCCGCAUCACUUCUGUCAACAGUGCCUACAUGAUGUGUCGCAGUUACCCUGCACUGCUGGUUAUGCCGACGGCCGUCAGUGACGACAGUCUGCGCAAGUUUUACCGCUGCUACAGACACAGUAGGUUCCCUGUAGUGACGUGGAGACAUCCCCGUAACAAGGCCUUGCUACUGCGGGGAGCCAGCUACCACGGCAAGGGAGUCAUGGGGAUGCUAAAGAGUACACAUCCGUCGUCUGCUGGAGUGUCUGUGACGGAGACCAGCUCUAGUUUAGAGCAGGAGAGGUAUCUGUCAGUGCUGGUGAAUGUGACUCCGCUGUCACUACAACGACAGACAUGGAACAUGUCCGACUCCAGUCUCAGUAUCAACUCUCUUCUAUUGGCUGCUGAAGACAACACCAUGACUCCUGAGUCGUCACGGCGCUCAAACCCGUUCAAUAAGGCAAUGGGCACCAUCGGUGUGUUUCCCCGGUCGAGUGGUGGCAAGAGCGGGAAGAGUUUCGGCAGGUGGGGUUCGCUGAAGGACAGGGACAGACGCAACUCACUGCAAGGUAACACACUGAGGGCACCACACAACCCUGCUAGACUGUCUGCGGACUCUGACUCUGGUACUGAGUGUGUGCAGACCUUCCAACGAGCGGCUCUCUACAUACUCGGAGAGAAACAUCAGAUGAAGGGAGGCAAAGAGAACGUUCCCAAGACAGACUUUGUCCCUGUGGAGUACGCAGAUGUCAGACAGACCAAGGCUGCGUUCAAGAAGCUGAUCAGAGCCUGCAUGCCUAGCUCCAAUAACCAAGAACCUGAUCAGACCUUCCACAAGCUGAUAGAGAGCUCCCAGUGGCUGCAGCAGAUUCAGAACAUCAUGCAGUUGUCAGGAGCCGUAGUGGACUUACUGGAUGUUCAAGGGUCUUCCGUUGUACUGUGUCUAGAGGAUGGCUGGGAUAUCACUUGUCAGAUCUCUGCAGUGGCACAACUGUGUCUAGACCCUCACUACCGCACCAUUGAAGGAUUCAGAGUGUUAGUUGAGAAAGAGUGGUUGGCGUUCGGACACAGGUUCAGUCAUCGUAGCAAUCUCCAGCCCAGCUCUCAAGCCAGCGGCUUCGCCCCCACCUUCCUACAGUUCCUAGACGUUGUACAUCAGAUCCACUGUCAGUUCCCACUGGCGUUUGAGUUCAACGACUACUACCUGAGGUUCCUGGCAUACCACAGUGUGUCGUGCAGGUUCCGCACCUUUCUACUGGACUGUGAGCUGGAGAGGGUGGAGUGUGGCAUCACAGCUGUGGAGGACAAGCGGGGGUCUCUCACCAGUCACCACAAGGGGGUGGACACUGGCUCGGAUGACGACACCAUCUACCCAGGUGGUAGAUUAGCCGGGACACACAUCGGGUCCAAUCUAGGACAGUCAGUGUUUGACUACAUAGAGAAGCAGCAUGCCAGAGCACCGCUGUUCUUCAACUUUAUGUACACACCCGACACAGAAAACCCUGUUCUGAGGCCACAGUCACACUUGGCUAACCUGGAGAUCUGGCAGUACUACUUGAAGGAGGAGCUGAGGUACGGCCCCAGCUAUGACAUAGAGAUCGUUCAGCUGGAUAGCCAACAGGAGGAAGAGCUGGAGGCGACUGACGGAACAGCCAAGUCUAGCCGAAGACAAGUCACACUGGGGUACGACUGUAUAGAAAGGUUUGUGCCGGAUGCCUUCAGUCAUCUAUUGGAAGAGAUUCAUCACAUUGAAACAGAACUGGGACAUCUGCCGCAGAAGUGGAAGGUGUUGUGGGACAAACUGGAAUUGCCGACUACCGACUCACUCACGAGACAUGCUUCAUUCAGCACAGCUUUAGUGAGGUCUCAUGGACGACUGCAACACAAGCGCUCUACUCUAGAGAUCCUGAUGCGGGGCAAGAUGGAGGCAAGACAGGAGACCCUCGCUGCCCCCGCCUACUCUCACCCACAUCGUUUUGAAAAGCACAAUUUUACAACACCAACACACUGUGACCUCUGCACGAAUCGACUUUGGGUACCUGUUAAAAUGGGAUUCAGAUGUGUGGAUUGCGGGUACAACUGCCAUGAAAAGUGUAUGGAAACAGUGCCUAAGAAUUGCACCAAAUAUAAGGCUGUAGCGGACUCGACACUCUCAAACGCAACCCUCACCAGGAGUGGCGGCGACAAUGGAUCUGUCAGUUCUAGUGUCAAUAUGCAGUCAACCAACCAGCAGUUUUUCCAGCAGUACCAAGAGUUCUCGUCUAAUGUAGCAGAGAACCGAACCCACGAAGGGUACCUGUACAAACGAGGGGCUUUGCUUAAGGGGUGGAAGCAGCGAUGGUUUGUCCUCGACUCAAUCAAACAUCAGUUGAGGUAUUACGAUGCCAUGGAGGACUCGCAUUGCAAGGGGUUUAUUGACCUGGCUGAAGUGAUGUCGGUAAGUCAGGCGCCUCCAAUGCCUGGGCCUCCAAAGAAAACAGACGAUAAGUCUUUCUUCGAUUUGAGAACCAGUAGGAGGACUUACAACUUCUGUGCCAGCGACGCAAUCACCGCUCAAGAAUGGAUCGAGAAGAUUCAAGCUUGCCUUCAGUAAUCUAGUCACAUUCCACUAAUCCAGUGUAAAUACUCAACUCGCGACAAUAGAUUUACAAACUUCUUUUGAUAUUACGCUGUUCCUUUCGCCACUGAGUAAAUUAUUAGGUUUAGUGUAAAUAGUUUAUUGUAUAAAGAAAGAUAUUAAUUUAUUCUAAUAAGUAUAACUACACCACAUUAAUUUUAGUUUUACGUCGAGGACUCUUCUCGUUUUUGUAAGUAUAUUCGCUCGGGUUUAUCUGUUCUGUUAUUUGUUGUGGCAUUUAUACUUUUCAAAGUUUAUUGUUUAUUUUUAAGAAUUUAUUAAAGUUUUAUUCAUAUGUUUAUCGGAUUAUUUUCUCAGGGUUUGUGCAAAAGUUGAAUAUCUUGACUCGACUUUGAAGACGUUUGAAAAUAAAAUAUCGUAAAGAUUUAUUUAAAUAAUAAAACUGUUUGUUUUUACAUGGUUUUGGAUUUUAAGAUUUAAAAACUUUUGCUGAUGAUUAGGCUUUUGAAUUUGGUUUUGAUAAUAUUCCCAAGGUCGAGUGUGAGGAUGUACAAAAGAACGAGAUUCUUUGAUCCAGUACCCUUUUGGAGUUAACCAGCUACAUUUACUAUUUGGACUGUCUAGAUUAAAUGUUUGUAUAUUGUUAUGUUAUUUAGUAAUGUAUCUUGCGAGAUAUCUUGCAGAAUUUUAUAUAUUUGUAGCUUCUGUACAAGUAUAACUUGUAAAAGCUUCUAGUUGUUAACUUGCUUUAGCAUAGGAGCAACGGUCAAAGUGAUUUUAACACCAAUCGAGUGAAAUGGGAUUGACUUAUUGUAUGUAAUAUUUACAAAGUCCGUAAGAUUGAAGUUGAAAUCAUUGUUUUCGCUCAAUAAUUUUGUAGUAAGUUUAGAAUUUGUUGAACAUCGGAUUGCCGUGUUCGGAAAGUAUUGCGCUUUUUAACAUUUAAUUUCAUAUAUAUAAUUUUUAUCCUUAUUAUUAAAUUGUUUUUAUUUAUGCUGCAUUUUUCCAUACUCAAAACAUGAGUGUGAUAUUUAUCAUUUAUUUACCAGUGAUUUGUUUUUACAUAUUCAAUUAACAUUUAUGUUUGAAAAAGCCGGAUCUGAAACACUGCCGAACCUUUUUGUUAAAUCACCUUGAGGAUAAGAUAUUGUGAUUCUGUCAGCAGUAGAUAUAGUUAUUAUUCGGUGACUUUAGAACCUAGAUAAGAAGGGUCGUGAUAGCAAAUUCUCCUUGUUAACCUGUUCAAAUCUCUUUGUAUUGUUAUCAAAGUAAAGUUUUUGAUAGCAAAAUCCUCAGUAAGAAGUACACCUUAAUAGUAAGUUUAGUCUUCUUUGAUCAUAUUGAGUGUUUUGCUAAUGAGGUCAAAUUGGAUUUUCUGUACACAUUUAAAUCCAAAGAAAUCACUGAACUUUGCUCGAUUCAAGUACAGUAAAAUCCCUGAUAUCCGGCCCCGGUUUGACCGGUCCUCGGUUUAUCCGGCCCUGGUUUUACUGUUUUUGUCAAUGUUUUCCUCACGGUUUACUGAUGCUUUGUUGCAAGCACUAGUCUUCCCGAUUUGAAUGUUCACACGAUUUAUCUGUCUGUUUACAUUGUACUGUUUCACAAACCACAACUCAGUUCAGCUAGGCCUAACCCCUGAACAUGGUUGAUUGUUUCCAGUGUGGAGUGAGUACAGUGUAUUAAUUGUUUUAUUUCAUAUGAACAAAAAUUUAUAAGAAAUUUGAGCAGAAAAGUAUGAACUAAUUUUAAGCCUAAUGAUCUUCAAGGUCAAUUCGUUGUGAAUCAUUUUUACCUCCAAAAUUAUUUAAUAUUAAUUCUUGUUAGUUGGAACCAUAAUAUGUGUAUUACUUUGAGAAGAUAGUUUUACAAAAAUAUUCCCAAUUGUGAAUUGAACAAUACUUUUGACUUUAUUUAUUGAUUACUUACUUACCUUACCUCUUUGGCCAUUGAAACCUAAGAAGGUUUUUAGCCUCGCCAAUGAUGCCUGUCCACUCUUCUCUAUUCUUGACUGCCUCAGGUGUAGUGCCCAACGUGCUAUAUUCUUCUGUUUUAGCUAUAUUCUUCAGCACCUGGCUCCUCUGCCGAAGUCUCGGCCUGUCGAGCUGGUCUCCUGCCUUCUGGGUUAUUCUGGUCCAUAGCUUUUAUCAUCGAUGAAUUUUAUCUUCUCCACACAAAAUGUCCUGCCCAUCUUAGUCUCCGUCUUGUUAUCCUUGCUACAACAUCUGGAUGGUGAUACAUAUCCCUCAAUUCUCUAUUUUUCCCCAUUCUCCAGCCUUCUUCAGCUUGAAUUGGUCCAAAUAUGUUACUCAGAAUCUUAUUUUCACAAAUCGUAAUUUUACUGAUAACACAUUAGUAUUAGGUAACAAUAGGUUGGUUUAUCUGGCCAAAUCGUGAUCCAGCCGGAUGCUUGGUCCCGUGGUGGCCGGUUAUGUGGGGUUGUACUGUAAUAUUUCUUCCAAAUAAUGUUGUACUUAUGGUGACCUAGAGUUAAAAUAAUAUUUAACCUAGCUAAAGUGUUAACUACUAUAAUCAAAUAGUGCUUUUUUGUCUGUUAUGUUUAACUUUUAUAUCCACCCCGUAAUCAUAUUUUACUUUUUUAUACAGAAAGUAAAUAAAGAUAUGUCUUAUAACACUUAAAACAUAUAUUUACGCUUAUACUGUUACUCAC